CUGCUUUUUUUAAUGGAGAAAUAAAGAGAAGAGAUUGACGUGAUGCAAUAUAUGAUGUCAUACAUCUACAUGUAAAAAGAAAAGUAUUGCCAAUAAAUUCAUGACAGCAAUAGGGUUAUUUUGGUUUCUUAAUCUUGUUUAUUUAAUAUAAUACUAUGAAAACGCAUGUUUGCCGACUUUCUCAUGGACUUUUUCUUUAUUCAAGUGUUAUUAUAAUUGUGAGAUUAGUAAUAUGUGAGGAGGGUUUUAAGUGGGGAUGAACAGAAGCUCUUAAGUUGACUUGAAGCUCUUAAUUUUCUUAAACAAAUUUUAUGUUUGUUUUCGCUCAUCUUCAAAAACGAAACGGUUUUCGUGUACGUACCUUUCCCUAUAUUACCUACAAACAAGCUUUUUAGCCAUUCGAAUCCCAACCAAGGAAGAUAAAGCUACCAUCAGAGACAAAUUGAGGCUGGGUGAUCGUGUAAGCAAAGAUUUUGAAAAUGAUUUCAUCAGGGGCGGUUUCAUGUUUCCCGAAUCCAUCACAAGGUUUGCCAAUGUAUCCUGUGGCUGCAGAAGACAUUGUUUCAUCGUCCCUUGAAGCAGCUGAUUCAGGCCCAGAGGCUCUUUCAAGCUCUCUCCUCUAUAAUCUCUCCAUCCUUAAAGAUAAAGUUCGUCAGGUUCAAUCACUUGUUAGCAUCCUUAUCUCUCCAGAUCAAACCCAUCCUGAGUCAACGUCUUUAGCCAUAGCAAGCAUGGGUUCUUUUGUUCAAGAAAUCAUUGUAGCAGCGUCUUCGAUGAUAUUUGUUUGCCAACAAAUUUCGCUUGGAGCCACUUCAGGUAACAAUACCACAACUGAAUUGCACCAGCAGCAUGUUAGGGUAAUUCCUGAUAAUGGGAUAUCUCAACAUCCAAACUUUACUAAUAAUAACGUAGUUCAAGAAAGAGGAGAAGGCUUUUAUUCUCGUACUGAAAAUAUUAGCUGGUAUGGCGAUUACUGCAAUAACCGUAACAACAACAAUAGCAAUAGCACUCGAAGUUUGCAAGUUAGCAACGAUGAUAAGCUGGAAAGGAAAGAAUUAAUGGCUGAAUUGACUCGAAGAAGCGGAAUAAGUAAAGGGUCGCAUAGGAUUUCAGCUAAUAAUUGUGAUAUAAUCGAAUUGAAUGCUGCUGACUUAUUAGCUAAAUACACACAUUACUGCCAAGUUUGUGGUAAAGGGUUCAAGCGAGACGCAAAUUUGAGAAUGCACAUGAGAGCUCACGGUGAUCAAUACAAGACAACAGCUGCUUUGAUUAACCCCAUGAAGAAUCACGAGGGAAAUACUGCUAUUGCAAACUAUUCGACGGAAUUGCCUAAGAAAUAUUCAUGUCCUCACGAAGGUUGUAGGUGGAACCAGAAACAUGCCAAGUUCCAACCAUUGAAAUCUAUGAUUUGCGUGAAGAAUCACUACAAGAGGAGCCAUUGUCCCAAGAUGUAUGUCUGCAAGCGAUGUAACAGGAAGCAAUUCUCGGUGCUGUCGGAUCUCCGGACUCAUGAAAAGCACUGUGGUGAUCUCAAGUGGCAAUGUUCUUGCGGUACCACAUUUUCCAGGAAAGAUAAGCUUAUGGGUCACGUUGCUUUGUUCGUUGGGCACAGUCCAGUACUUGUUACUGAUUCUUUGACAAAACCAGGAAAGCUCGAAAACCAACCCACCACCAUGCAACUAGAUGAUAGGGGAUGAACUAUGAAGAACGCAACUGUACGGAAAGGGCUUGAUCAGUAUGGAUUGGACUGCGGUCU